GACAAGCAGGCAGCCCAGGUCCGGGGGCGCCCAAAAGAGCUCCAUCCCUCCCUCCUUCCUCUCUGCAUCCAUUCCUCUUGGGUUCCUAAAUUCCGAUGUUGCGGUGGUGCCUUUGUUUACCUUCUACCAAAUACUGCUGUGGUGUACCUAAUAAUACUGCUCAGCAUGUCACGGCUCAGUUCGCCCCGAGAAAGUAUAACAUCACUGCCCACAUUGAAGCUACUUUUGAUUGGAGACAGCGGAGUAGGGAAAUCCAGCCUCUUGCUGAGAUUCACAGAAGAUCAGUUUGAGCCAUACCGCAAACCAACCAUUGGUGUUGAUUUUAAAGUAAAGAAGGUGAUUGUUGGUGAUCUCCCACUGCAGGUAGCAAUAUGGGACACAGCAGGGCAGGAGCGAUUUCGAACACUGACUCCCAGCUAUUACCGAGGUGCACAAGGCAUAAUUUUAGUUUAUGAUGUUACCAGGAGAGAAACCUUUCUGGGACUGGAAAGCUGGUUACAAGAGCUAGAGGUGUUUACAAAGAAAGACGUUGUGAAGAUUCUGGUGGGCAACAAAAUUGACGAGACACGUCAUGAGGUAGACAGAAGAGAAGGCUUGCGGUUUGCUCGGAGGCACUCCCUGUUGUUUGCAGAGGCCAGUGCUAAAUUGAAAUAUGGAGUGCAAAAUAUCUUUGAUGAGGUCGUCAUACGGAUCCUACAGACUCCCGGACUUUGGAGCAUAAAAAGACAAGAACUGAGGUUGAGUGAAAGCCAGACCCUGAAAGAAUCCAAUUUCUGCAGCGGAGCAUCUUGUGUUGUCGCUUAAAACCCGCCAACAUCAAAUAA